AUGAUGAGUGUCCCAGGCGACAAGUCUUCAGGCACAAUCGCCGCGACCAAUGUCAACGAACAAGGGGUAAUCACCGUCCAGGAAAACUCAAAUUAUGAUGGACUGCCGAAAGCAACGAUCUCGAACUACAUUCGAAUUCUAGCCCAUAGCUCCAAGGCCGACCGAUGUGCUCUUCUUCUGGGGCUGGUAUGCGCUUGUGGCUCUGGCACGGCGCUGCCACUAAUGAACAUCGUGUUUGGGAAAAUGGUUCGGAGCUUCAGUGGCUAUUUCGUACCCGACAGCCAGGUCACCAAAGACAUGUUCAAAGCCGCUGUCAAUAGAAACGCAUUGUAUCUCGUCUACCUUUUCAUUGGGAGAUUUGUCCUUACAUACAUUUCCCUGUACUGCUUUCGGAUGGCCGGACUUCGAAUUUCGGCACGAUUACGGCUCUCCUAUCUGAAAUCUCUCUUCUCCCAAUCCGUCGAAAAACUCGAUAUGGUCUCUUCAGGCACAGUCGCCAACACCAUCACAGCCUCGUCCAACACGAUUCAGAUGAGUAUAUCCGAUAAGCUCCAUUCUUUGUUGAUGGCAAUAGCCGUCACCAUUACUGCAUAUGCGAUAGCCUUUUCAUACUCGUGGUCCCUUACUCUGGUCUCGAGCUCGUCAAUCCUCUUUGUCCUCCUUGUCUAUGGCAUCAGCACGCCUGUCCUCAUAAAGAUGCUGCAGGUCGUCGACAAGGCAAACGAAAAGGCAUCAUCAGUAGCAGCAGAUGUUCUCGCCUCUAUCCGUACCGUCGUUUCCUUGGGAGCAGAGCAAACCUUAACUCAGAAGUACUUUGACGCGGUCGACGACGCACAAAAGCAUGGGCUGGCCUUGUCGAUACACUACGGUAUCCAGCUUUCUCCUGCGUUUUUUGCCAUUUAUGCAAGCUUCGGUCUGGCUUUCUGGUUCGGCAUCAAGUUGUACCUUGGCGGUGACAUCGAUGAUGUCGGCAGCAUCAUCACAGUUUUUUUCUCGGUUCUCAUCAUCAUCACAAUCUUCGGGACACUUGGUCCCCCUCUCAUCGCCAUUGCCAAAGCAACUAGUUGUUCUUCUGAAUACUUCUCCAUGAUUUACGCCCCAAGAAUCAACUACGAGGGUAUCUCAGAGCCAGAUGUAUCGCCGCACGGCGACAUUGAGUUUUCCGAUGUGAUUUUCUCCUACCCCACGCGCGCUGACGUGCAAGUCUUGAAAGGCUUCAGUGCCCGCUUCCAGAAAGGCAAGACAACAGCUUUGGUGGGUCCGUCCGGCUCUGGCAAGAGCACGAUAGUCGCUUUGCUAGAACGUUGGUACGAGCUGGAAAAAGGCGAUAACAAUGUGGGGCCAGGUUCUUUGUCCGAAGAAGCAAGCACGCAUGGCCAGCAGCCAACGACUCAGAACCGUGGUUCAAUUUCAAUUGGGGGCCACGAUAUUGCAGAUGUUAGGCUGAGGUGGUGGAGAUCGCAAAUCGGUCUUGUCCAGCAAGAACCAUUUUUGUUCAAUGAUACAAUUUUCAACAACAUCUGCUUCGGCCUCAAGGGCACACAGUGGGACGAUGAAGACGAGUCCAAAAAGAAGGAAAGAGGUUACCAAACCAAAAUCGGGGAAAGUGGUAUCAAGCUGAGUGGCGGUCAACGUCAACGGCUGGCAAUUGCUCGUAGUAUCAUUCGACAACCUGCCAUCUUGAUCCUAGAUGAAGCCACAAGUUCGAUCGACGUUCGAGGAGAAAGAAUUGUGCAAAAGGCCCUAGAAAAGGUCUCGAAAGACUUGACUACGAUCGUGAUCGCCCAUAGGCUUUCCACCAUUCGCAAAGCUGACCAUAUUAUUGUCAUGCGUGAUGGGAGAAAUAUGGAAGAGGGCACCCACAAUUAUCUCUUGUCUAUACCAGGUGGUAUUUACGCAGGCUUUGUCCAUGCACAGCAACUCGAAGCCGAAUGUGCCCCGACAACAUUAACAGACGAAAUGGCCUCCCUGCAGGACCUUGAUCGACAAAAUACCACGACUUCCUUCAAGGGGCAAGAAGACACGACAAAGGUAGCCAAGCAGAUGGGAUUUUUCAUGUCUGUCGGUCAUCUGCUGUACGAACAACGAGCCUACUGGAAACUCUGCGUUCCAGUUGUCCUUGCAGCCAUGGGGGCGGGCUCUUCAUUUCCACUUCAGAGCUGGAUCUUCGCUCAGUUGGUCCAAGUCUUCACACUUACAGGCGAGAGAUUAAAGAGUCGAGGAGACUUUUGGGCUUUGAUGUUCUUCGUACUCUCGCUAGGGAUUUCUAUCUCUUACUUGUGUCUUGGGUAUUUUUCCAACCAAUUCUCUGUGUACGUUUCCACGGUGUAUCGCCGCCAAUACUUCAAAAACCUACUACAGAGUCCCAUUUCCUGGUUUGACAAGGAAGAUAAUGCAUCCGGGUCAUUGAUGGCUCGCCUGGCGACAGACUGUAAACUUCUGGCAGAACUCAUCGGCUUCAAUGGUGUUUUUCCCCUUAUCGCCAUUUUCAAUAUAAUAGGUUGCACUGCUGUAUCAUUUUACUUUGGGUGGAAGCUAACUUUGGUGGUCUUUUGUUCCGCUUUGCCGGUCAUCAUUGUUGCCUCGUUUGUUCGCCUAAAGCUCGAGCGCGAGUUCGAGGAGUGGAAUGCCAAAGUCUUUUCCCAAAGCUCGCAGUUCGCCACCGAGGCUGUUGGUGCAUUUCGAACAGUCAUAUCUUUGACCAUGGAAGAAUCAAUUAUACACAAAUACUCCGAGCUUUUGCAGUUACAGAUUCGAGAGGCGUUUCGGAAGUCCGCGUAUGCUUGUCUGGUUUUUGCUCUUUCUGAUAGUAUCGAGUUGUGCGCCAUGGCGUUGACAUACUGGUAUGGCGGGCAACUUCUCUCCACCUAUGAAUACAAUUCUCUGCAAUUCUUUGUCGUAUACGUCGCCAUCGUGCAAGGCGCACAAGGAGCCGGUCAAUUCUUUGGUUUCGCCCCGAACAUCGUUGCGGCCACCUCAGCAGCAAAUCGAAUAUUAAAAUCUAGAGAAAUCCAUGACCAACUAGAAAUGACUCUCAGGAGAGAAGACGAGCUCCUACAACCCGAAAACAAAUUUGGCGCCAAAAUCAAGUUCAAAGACGUCGCUUUCAGAUACCCUACACGAGAGGCGCCGAUCUAUCGGAACCUCAAUCUCAACAUCGGAAGUGGUCAGUUCGUUGCAUUUGUCGGCCCGUCCGGAUGUGGUAAGACGACCGUCAUCUCCCUCCUUGAGCGGUUCUACAACCCCGUGUCGGGCACGAUCACGCUCAACGAUCAUAACAUCCAAGAUAUCGAAAUCCGGUCUUAUCGCCGCGCACUUUCGCUCGUAGCCCAAGAACCGAAGCUCUUCGAUGGCACGAUCCGGGAUAAUUUGGUUCUGGGCCUUGGUUCUGGUGGUCAAUCAGAACCUCCCACGGACGACCAGAUCUUCGAGGCUUGCAUAUCCGCUGAGAUUCACGACUUUAUCGUCUCCCUGCCCGAGGGUUAUGCAACCAUCUUGGGCAUCAACGCACAGAGCUCGCUCUCUGGUGGGCAAAAACAACGGCUCUGUCUCGCUCGGGCGCUCCUGCGUUCCCCGUCACUACUGUUGCUCGACGAAGCCACGUCCAGUCUCGAUUCUCAGUCCGAGAAACUGGUCCAACAGACGAUCGAGAAACUGGUCGGCGAGAGGUGCAUGACUGUGAUCGCGGUCGCACACCGGCUGGCUACCAUUCAAAAGGCAGAUAUCAUAUUUGUAUUUGGCGAAAGCGAGGCGGGUGAAGGAUCGAGGAUUCUUGAGCAGGGAACACAUAGAGAACUACUGGGGCAGAGGGGCGCUUAUUGGGCCAUGUGUCAAGAACAAUCGCUUGACCGAUGA